AUGGCGACGAAUCGUGUCAAAUUGAAGCGGUUUUACAGCGAGCACAAUGAAGACCAUAUGGAUGCAUUAAAUACCCCCGAGGGAAAAGAAAAAAAUGUGGAACGGAAAAAAGAACUGCACAAAAAGGACAAGAACAAUUCCAGGAAGAAUAAAUUACGCGUGCUGUCCAAAGGAUUGAGCGUGAAAAACAUACAUAAAUUGGAGGAUCAUUCACAGGAGGGAAAAGUAACAGUAAGACCGAGGAGUCGCCUGAAAAAGAAAGUAAUCACUGACAGUAGCUGCGAGGAGGAACACGGAAUAGGACAAUCCUUUAACAAACCUCAUGUGAGCAAUGCAAGCGGUAUACAAGAGGAAAAUGUAGCUUCUGAUCGGUGUGCCUCUUAUACAGAGAUGAAAGGGUCCUCCACAGGUGAGGAGAAUAAAUUUAAUGAACGUCCCUCGAAAAAUCAAACGAGGAGCAGAUAUGAACAGAGUAAGGUAAUCGAUACCACGGAUGAAAGUAAGCACAGCCACGAGUUAGGCAACUCCGAUGAUCGAGGGAGAGGUGCAAGAGGGGGGAAGAUGUCGAAGAGGGGCAUAGAAACUUUUAGCAGCACCAGGGGUGACAAGGACGAAGAUGCUGACAGUGGAGACGACACUGACAAUGACGAACACGAGGAUGAUCACCGCGAACGAAAUGCGAAAAAUAAAACGGGAGGAAGCAGAAGUAGAAGGAUGCUGCAUAAGGGUGACAGCUCGGAGAGGGAUCAGCGCGACGAGAAGUUUGGGUCAUCUAAUGAGGGCGAUGAUGAUGUCCACGACGAUAGCAGCUACGACGAGGUGAAGAAAAAGCGAGACAGGAGAAAGCAAGCCCUGUCGAAACUGAAAAAGAGAAACAAGGAUGCUGCUGCGCAGAAUGAAGAAGAGUCUUACGAUAAUUACGACCACUCCAGCUUCUAUGUAGAUGACGAUGUGAACUCAGCUGGGGAGACGAACAUAUCGUACGAAAGCGGAAACGAAAACCUCAGCCAGUUUGACGAAUAUGCCUUACACUUAAAAAUUUUUAAUGAGCAGAAUUUGGGCAACGAUAUGAUUCAGUUCAAUUCGAUAAGUGUGAAGAAAUCAAUCAGACUGUACAUUGAAUUUACGACUCUGUCUCUGCUAUCGCCUAGCUUAAAAUAUGACGCCAAGUAUUUCAAGGCAUCCGAAAAUGUGAAAAGCGUGGAACAGUCUCUAAAGGUGAAGUACUCAAAUAUUCACAAACAAUUUGAGAAGAAGAAUUCCCUGGGGGAGUGUUACAGUUACUAUGAUGAGGGUCUUGAAGAAGGCGGAAGGACAAACGAGAAAAAAAGGAAAAAAAAAAAAAAAAAAAAUCUAAAAAGGUUAUGGGAACAGAUUAGCCGUAGUGGUAGCGAAGGGUAUGCGGAGGAAAUGGAGUGUAGUGAGAACCAUGGUGAUGAAACGGGCGACGAGAGGAAAUCCCUGGACAGCAGCGAGAAGGUUAAACGGGAAAGGAAAACCAAAAAGAAAAAAUAUGUCCUAAGUGACAGCAGCAGUCGUUCAGUUGAUGGGAGGGAGAGCACUGACGCGAGUGGGGAGAAAUGCACGCCUAGGGAGGAACAUGGCUGCGAUGAGGAGUACGAUGAAGAAUGCGAUGAGGUGUACGAUGAGGAGUACGAUGAGGAGUACGAUGAGGAGUGCGAUGAGGAGUACGAUGAGGAGUGCGAUGAGGAGUACGAUGAGGAAUGCGAUGAGGAGUACGAUGAGGAAUGCGAUGAGGAGUACGAUGAGGAAUGCGAUGAGGAGUACGAUGAGGAAUGCGACGACUACGACUUAUACUACGGACGGAAAGCGAAGAAGAAGGUGGCGGAGCAAAUGAACGACAGUGUCAUGUACAAGCUGCUGAAUAGAGACAUGCUGAAAAUAUACGAGUUUGUGAAGAAGGAGGAGAACUUUAGUAAUUACGAUUUUUUGAAGAUGAUUUGCAAAAUCAGCAAAAACAAACCGAGGAAUUAUUAUGAUCGAUGUGUGCAAAAAAUCGAGAAGAAAAUUCUGUCCAAAAGAGACCAGUUUGAAUCUCAUCCUUUUGAAACAAAUUUUAAAAAUAUUUUAAAAAAUUACGCAAAUAUAUUCACAUACUAUCUGGAGUACAAUAAAAUUCACUGCUGCUGUUGUAACAGAAAAUUAAGUUACUCAUGUCCCGUUUUUUUCAUUAAACCCUUUUAUAAUUCCUCCGACUUAUGGGAAAAUAGCUUUUUUAAUUUUAUGAAGGUAAAUCAUUUUGAAUGGCUCGGAAAUGAGCAUUUCCUCACUUUUAAAAAUCCGCUGGACAAAUUAAAUAUGAGAAAUGAAGAUGAAUUCAAAAUGAAAAAUAUUAAACAGUCCAAUAGGCUAUUUAUAAAGAAUCAGAACGAAAAGGAAAAAAAAAAUCUACUCAUACACAUUAAUAUAAACCAUGUGGAUAAUCAUCCCGUUGCAAAGAACGACGAAUGCAUCAUUAAGUACUUGAAUCGGAGUGAUGAAGUCAGUGCCUAUAAAUAUCCUCCCAAUUUUGAUGAUAAACGGGGGAAGAAAAAAAGGAAAAGCUUUAAAUUUAAUUUUGAGCAUCAAUUUAAGGCCACCGAAGAUAAGGAAGAUAAUGUGAAUACUCUGAUGAAAGAUAUUUGCGAAAAUUUUUGCGACCUUUCCGAGAAUUGUAUUGAGAAGGACAUCCUGGUUUUGCAGCUUGGGUCGUACUGCGUCUCCGCUGUGUACUAUUGGCAUGUGUUUCAUCACUAUAAAUUUUUUUUCACCAAAUUUAUUUACUUGCGUCUGCUCGACUUGUACAAAAAGAGCAAGGAUUUGUUUCGCGAGCCGCUGCUCCUAGCCUAUGUGCUGUCCAAGCGCCUGAACAAGGACCUGUACCGCGACUUUCUGAUUCUCAUGAACAUCGACAUUUCUCAGAUUCAUCGCAAGAUCAACGAGUGCAAUUUCUUUGUGCGGUGA